AUCAUUACAAUUGUCACCAACACUAUAAUACAGAAUUCCACUAUAAAUGUACCAAACGUAGUGCUAAAUAAACUCAGAAAUAAUUUAAAAUUUGGCCAUAAGGAAAAUGAAUUGGAUUCAUAAAAAUUAAUUUUUAGCCAAUAAAAUUCGACAUUUAUCUAAUAAAUCAGUUUAAUGAUACCAACUCUAAAGUUUAAAAUUUUAUUUGAUUGUGAUGGGUGUAUUAUUAACUAUUGUUGUGACAAGCAAAUUUAUUUAACUAAAAUAAAUUAGAAUUAUUAAUGUUACUUGACAAUCCAAAUUUUCAUCAAAUGAAAACAUAGAAGUUUGUUUUUAGGAGUGGGAGGUUAUUGAUUUCACGACCUGUUGAACAGUGUGCAAAAACUGAAGAGAUAACUGAUGAUUCAAAGGUAUCGUAGAGCUGCAGAACUUGAGGAACAAUCUGUUAGUUUGUUGGGAACCCCUAAUAUGGAAGCAAGAACUGAACAUCAAAAAGUUAAACAUUACCAACUUUUAUACACCCUAACUACUAGCAUUGGUAUUGGAACCAUUAUUUUGGUGCUUUUUUGGAUACUGUAUUAUCAAAAUGGAUUUGCCUGGCAAUCUUUACCCCGUGUACAAUUCAAUUGGCAUCCUUUAUUGAUGAUUAUAGGGAUGGUCUUUUUCUAUAGUCAAGCAAUGCUAAUUUACAGGACAGGAAGAAACUAUCAAAAAAACACUCUCAAAUUGGUACACAUGUCACUAAAUCUUCUGGCAUUCAUUUUAGCUGUAAUAGCAUUGAAAGCUGUAUUUGAUUCGCACAAUUUAACUGGUACUGCAAAUAUGUACACUCUACAUUCAUGGAUUGGACUGACAACUGUUAUAGUUUUCGCUUUACAAUUUUUAGCGGGUUUUGUUACUUUCCUGUACCCAGGAUUAUCUCCAUCUAUACGAAAAGCCCUUCUACCUACUCACGUAGCCUUUGGAUCUGGAUGUUUUGCAGGAGCCAUUAUUGCAUCUGCUAGUGGUUUUUUGGAAAAAGCCAUUUUUCAGAAAAUCUAUGACCAAAACGUAACAGAAGGGAUAGUUGUCAAUAUUCUUGGUCUCAGUAUUGCAUUUUUUGGUGUUUUAGUUUUACAUUUGGUACACAAUGUGGAUUAUAAAAGAGUUCCUCUUGCCGAUGACCAAAUUGUACUUGAAAGAUCUGAUAACUAAAUUUGUGAACAGAGUACUAUCAAUUGAUGUACAUGUUCUACAAAAAUUAAUCGUCUCAAAUAUAAAUAUCAUUCUGCUUAAAUUAAAUGAUGGGUACUUAUCAUUGAAGUAUCAAAAAAUUAAAUGUGCACAAAAUAAAAAGCAUUUUCUCGAUUUUUCUACAUAUAUGUUUUAUAACUCAAUAAGUGUGUGGCUAACUAAGAAAAACACAUUUUUUUUGUCAAUAAUCGAUUUUAUUCAUCAAUGUAAUCUCCUCCAAGAGCAAUAAAAUAAUUUCAACGCAUCUCUAAGUUUUCAAUAUCAUACUUGUAGAAGAAUUUGUAUUUUGCAUCAAAAUAGGCUUCAGUUUCAGCAAUUGCUUCCUCAUUUGAGCUGAAUUUUUUACCAACGAGCAUUUUUUUCAGAUCAGUUAAUAGCCAGAAGUCUCUGAGCACCAAAUCUGGACUAUACAGUAGUUGAGGAAGAAAUUCAAAGUAUAAUUUGUUCAAUUUAAUCAUCCUUGCCAUCAACUUGUCUUGGUUAAACAGUGGUUUUUUCUUCCGACAUAUGAAGCUGUUUUUCCUUGAUUUUUGCUUUCAAACGAUCCAACAACUCAGUGAAGUAUUCUCUCUUGAUUGUCUAUUCCUUUUGGAGAUAGUUGGUGAAUAAUAUUUCAUCCCAAAAUACUGAAGCCAUAACCUUCCAAGCUGACUGUUGUGCUUUUGGACGCUUUGGACGUGGUUGACCAGCUGCAGUCCACUCAGAUGAUGAACAUUUUGAUUCUGGAAUGAAGUGAUAGAUUUGUGUUUCAUCUAUUGUCACAAAUAUGAUUUAUUACGUGUAAACAUGGCCAAACUCUGCUCUGACUCAUCAAGUUGUUUUUAAUUGAAUGUGAGUAAAUGCGGCACCCAUUUGUAAAAAACCGUUCUCAUAGUCAAAUGUUCAUGUAUAAUUGUAAACACACUGUUUUCUGAUAUCUUCACCCCCUCAGCUAUCUCACGCAAUUUCAAUUUACAAUGAGAUAUAACCAAUUUGUGGACUUUUUUAUUUUUUCUGGAGUAACCACCUCAAUUGGACGACCAGAACGUUCACCAUCAUCAGUGUCUGCACCGUCACGUUUAAAAUGCAGCAAAUCAAUAACAAAUGGUUCUUUUCGAUGGAACAGAGUCCAGAUAAUACUGAAGCCAUUGCUGAGCUAAAAUAGUAUUUUCUCCAUUGAGAAUCACACGAAAUUUUUAAAAUUUUUUUUUUUAAAUAACAAAAGUAACUGUACCUAAAUGGCUGUAACUUUUUUCUGACUAAUAGAAAUGUCAUCAAAUUUUACACAUUAAAAGUUGGUACUUCAUAAACGUCAUGGCAGUCACAUGACUUAUUGAGUGAUGUAAUAUGUGAAUAGUAAACAGGUUUUAAAAUUUUUUUACACAAUGUGAGUUCACAUUACCGGUUGAUCUGUAGUUGAUACAAAAUGUAUUGUUGAACAUAUUUACGCCUACGCCUUUUUGAUUUGAACAGUGUCUGAAGAUCCUCAGUAAACUAACUUACACUAAAUGUCGGUGCUGUCUUGCUAGUCCCUAUUCCUUACUAUGAACAAAGACGCAUUCGCUGCGGUAUUUAAUACCCCUCGCGCCAACUGAUUUUAACCCUUUUAGUAUAUAAGGUAUAUUUUAUUUUAAGGGAAUUCCACGAUGUUGCAUAAUAUGUAAUUAUCUAUUUGAGAUAUCAAUUUUUCUAUUUAACUGAUUUGCGUUGCAGAUAUAACCCUCAAUCAAUUCAUUUGUAUUUCCAAGUUUUUUUGUAUUUGGGAUAGUAAUUUCACAUAUUUGCCAGAUGAAGUAAAAAUGGAUGUAAUUUCUGUAACCAAGCAAUAUUUCGGCUUAAUUUUCAACAAUAAUUAUUUUAACUUGUUUAUUUCACAUGGUGGUCCUUAACCAGACUUAAAUGAAAAUUACUUGAACGCUUUGCAAUGUUUCAAGCUUAUUGGUAAAUAUUCUAUUCGGCAUUACGACACACGUAAACUGCUGUCCUUGUUUGUAGGUGGUGUUAUGCUAAAAAAGGUAAGCUUCACAAAUCAGGCCCUUAUAGAACAAUUGGAGUAACAACAAAAUCUGGUAUGAAUUUUAAGAAUUGUAUUCAUCCACCAAUGUUAGAGACUAAUGAAGCUAGAUUAUUUCUCUACAUUAUUCCCCCUCCUGAGCUUCACCUACCUUUUACACACACAUGCUUCAAGAGUUUGAAUUAGAUGCUUUAAAGUGGGCAAGUGCAUGUAGUGAGAUCCAGGUUUCAAGAGAAAUUUAUGCUAAAUAAAAUAGACAUAUUGAGAAGAGACUCAUUUAAACUUUGAAAUACGUUGAAGUAUUCCAAAGUUUAAAUAUAGUGGUUGGUGCUUGUUUCAAAGUGAAAUUAGAUGAGAACUACAAAAAAAUGUAUCGAAGAAAUCAAAAACAAUUAAAAAUCCCUGUUACACCAAAAGUACACGCCGUCUUAUUUCACGUUUCCGAUUUUUGUUAUAAAAAUGGAUGUGGUUAAGGUUUUUAGGUUUUUAUAGUCAACAGGCGAAGGAGUCGGUGUAUCAUGACCUCAAUAUCUCAUGGAUGAAAUAUAAAGUUUCAAAGGCGAAUCCCGAAUACGAUACAUGAUUUGUGAAUAUAAUUCAUAUCAUAUGUAAUUUAUGUUCAUUUAAAAGGAAGUUAUAUUAAUGUUUUCUGAAGAACAUGUCAUAUAUAAUUAUUGAUAUUUCAUUAUUAACGUAGAAAAUAUGAAUGUAAUUCAUUUAUAAAACUCGCGUGUCAAAUUUGAGCCGAGAAAUCAGCAUACCGGUAUUUGUGUAUCGUGGUUAGGAGAGUACUGAAUAUAGCCUAAAACUGGAAACUAUCCCGACCAUAUUCCACAUAUAAGAUUAAGUAUCUCGCUUCGUGACUAGGUAAAGAAAUUUUAAAAUCUGUUUAUUUUGUCUGUACUUAUGGUGCUUUACAAUCUUGCGACCCAAAGUUAGGGUGCUUUUUUAAACUGAUCUAUUGUAAUCUUUUGUGAUAAAUAUAUGUAUCCUGUAUAUAGUUUUAAGGGUAUUUGUUAUAUUAAGUAAUGUAAGUCUAAAAUAUUAUAUUUUAUUAUUUUUAUGCGAAUUUAUUGAAAAGUUGUAUUUGAAAAUAUAUUUUAGUGAUGAA